AUGUUCGCGAAAGCUAGCACGUCCCGGUCAGCCCAGACGGUCGCGGAACCGUACGAAGAGCGCGUGUUUUGGCGAUUCGGAGCCAGCGAGAUGAUCCGGCAUGAUCGAGAACCCGGGUUUAUGUCCUACUUCUUCCGGGCGUUUAAUCCUGGGACAACGGCAGGGAGUGACGAUGGCAUAUCGGCUACAAGCCAACGGACCGCUGAAAGAAUGGUGCAGACCGCGACCAGGGCGCUCAAGAUAUUCGUUCGCGAUCUCGACCAGAAGGAUUGGGAUGAGUAUGCUGAGCGACUUACCUUCGCGAUCAACACGGCUCACGAUCGGAUCCGAGGAGAUACCCCUCACUAUUUGGUGCAUGGUUGGAUCCGAGAUCGACGUUCACACUGCCGGUCGGAUGUACGAGAUGGCGCCAUCGAGAUGCGCGGCGAUGGCGUUAUCGGGUCCAGCGAUAUUAUCAGCAGCCCGAGGAGCUAG